AGUAUAUCGCAACCUGACGUCAGAGGUGAAAGGUUUCUUGCAAGGUUGACAGCUGUUGCUAACGUGCUAAUUCGUAUUAGAAGCUAUUUUAAGUGUCCUAAAGCUUAAAAAUGUCAGACGAUCAAGAAGAUGAAGUACCCACCUUGCCUUGUAUCUUAGUCACAAGUUGCGAUUCCAGCUUUAAAGAAGAAGAGCUCAUCAGACAGAUCUUGGGCUUAGAAUCACUACCACAAGCUAAUAAAAUUGAAGACGGAGUUGCUUGGUAUCCAUGGACAAUCAACAACAAGUACUACACAGCAAACGUCAGUCUAUGUGUUGUUCCAAAUACAUUCACCAUGAAUGUAGAGGUUGCCCGGUCUAUGCAAGCCUUCAUUGUAUACUUCAACAGCAAAACUAAAGAUGGUCUAAGUAAUGUCAAUCCCUGGUUAGCAGUAGUGGAGGAACUGGCUCCAGAAGUGCUCAUCCUAGUGUGUGACCAUGUGUGUGACAGUGGUAUUAGCAGACAAGAGGCCCAGCAAUGGUGUCUGUCUCAUGCAUUUGAAUUAGUGGAGCUCAAUCCUCAAGAUGUACCUGAUGAGGACGAUGACUUUCCAGAGUCCACUGGAGUAAAAAGAAUAGUGCAAGCUCUCAACGCUAAUGUGUGGUCCAGUGUCGAGAUGAAAGAUGAACACAGUCAGGGAUUUGGUCUAAUGAGCAGUCUGGUGGCCUCUCGUCACAACAACCCACGGUCGAGUCAAGAGACCCAGUCCUCUCCGUCCAACAGCACAGAUGAAAGCAGUGAGGGCCAGAGAGCAGAAGAUAACCAGACUAAUACAGGAGAGGUAGCAGUUGAUCCCAUGAUUGACAUAGACAUCCAGGAACUGGCCAAUCUUACAGCUGGAGAUGCAGAUGUUGAGAAUUUUGAACGGCUCUUUACAAAAUUAAAAGAGAUGAAAGACAAAGCCUCUUCAUUACCACAUGAGCAGAGAAAAGUACAUGCAGAGAAGGUUGCUAAAGCAUUCUGGAUGGCCAUUGGUGGAGACCAAGAUGAGAUUGAUGGCUUGUCAUCAGGAGAGGAAAGUUAAGGCCACAGUAUUAACCAGCUUCCACUGGUAAUACUCAGCCCACCUCUUGAACCCCCAGUCAUUCCAAUUUCAACCCGCCCAGCCCCACUCAAGAAUCCAAGAUCUGGAAUGUGCAAGGAUGCCUGAAAUAACAGCAGUUACUAAGAUUUCAACAUCCAACACGACAUUUAGGUUCUGCAGGGUGAUUAUGGGCAUUUGACUUUUAAACCGUAAAAUCCCAGAGGAAUAGAAGGGGGUCGCAGUGGGCAAGAUUGUAGUCACGUCUCCCCUCUCGUGGUCUUGUAUCGGGAUAAAGCAUAUUCUGUCAAGAGUGCUGCAACAAGCGGUAAAUAAGAGAGAUGAGUUAAAAGUGGAUUGUUUGAAAACAAAUCAGGAUGUAAAUCUCAAUUAAGGACUGUGCUUGAGCAUGUCAUUAGAUCAUGUCAAUUAAAAAAUGAUCUGUUGAAAUUCGC